UCAUUCCCUACCAUUUGCAACUUGUAAGCUUUGUUCUUUAACCCCCAACCCUCCUUUUCUCUCUCUUUCUCUCUCUCAAUUAAGAUGCUAAGAUCAAUCAGAUCUACUUGCAUAUCCAUUUCAAGAGGUGUGAUUGCUCCAAGUAAUUACCAUUUUAGCAGCUUUUCUUCUCAUCACACUACUCCAAGCAAGUUAGAAGGCAAGGUAGCAUUGAUUACCGGGGCAGCAAGUGGCAUUGGCAAAGAAACCGCGACCACAUUUAUCAACCACGGUGCCAAGGUGGUGAUAGCCGACGUCCACCACAAGCUCGGCCAUGACACCGCCACACAACUUGGCCCGAAUGCCUCAUUUAUUCCCUGCAAUGUCACAAAAGAGUGUGACAUUUCAAAUGCAGUUGAUUUCACAGUGUCCAAAUAUGGAAAACUUGAUAUCAUGUAUAACAAUGCAGGAAUACCAUGUCGAACUCCAAUGACCAUAGUUGACCUCAAUCUCGAGAUCUUUGACCGGGUCAUGUCGGUCAACGUACGUGGGGUCGUUGCGGGUAUCAAACACGCAUCACGUGUCAUGAUCCCCUGUGGAACGGGUUCUAUACUCUGCACUGCUAGUGUAACAGGAAUAUUAGGCGGGUUGGCCCAACACACAUAUUCAAUAUCAAAGUCUACGGUCGUAGGCAUUGUGAAGUCUUUGGCAUCCGAAUUGUCUCAACAUGGUAUACGGAUUAAUUGUAUAUCACCUUUUGCUAUCCCAACCUCAUUUGUGAUGGAUGAAAUGAAAGAAUAUUUUCCGGGUCUCGAAGAUAAAGAAAUUAUAGAAAUGGUGCAAAAUGCAGGUGAGUUGAAGGGAAGUUUUUGUGAGCCUAGUGAUGUGGCAAACGCGGCUCUUUAUCUUGCUUCAGAUGACGCUAAAUAUGUUAAUGGGCAUAAUCUGGUGGUGGAUGGCGGUUUUACAUCUGUCAAAAGCAUUAGAUUUAGUAUACCAGAUAAAAAGGAUUAAGUAAAAAAUAUAUGCAAUUUAAUAUACAGCUUCUUUAAGCCUUGUGGAUAUAUUUCUUACCAUUGUGAUUUCAAGUCAGUAAAGGAGUAAUUUGUACUGCUAUUUAUGCGAAAAGAUGUUAAUUAACUUGA